AUGCGGGUAUAUAUCUUUGAAUAUAUUAUCUUUCGAACAAGGAUAUAUUCCAGCUACAGAAUAUUUGUUGCUAUGUUUUUUGCCGAUUUAUCAUUAGAUGGGAACCACUUUUUAUUUAUCCUUCUAGUUGCUGCAUCUUAUUUGGUCAAAUGUGUUUAUUAUUUUGCUUAUGGAUCUUCCAUUAAAAAGAUUGCUAAUGUGCCAGAAGCCAAAGGAGAUGUGGCUUAUUUUGGCCAUUUGAAGUUAUUGAAAACCAAUCAUGCAACCGAAUUAGAAAAAAUUGGUGACAGCAACCACUGGGAAUAUUUUCAAGUCAAGUUUGGCGUUGAAAGGAUACUUAUCUUGCAUUCAUUUCAAGCAGGCUAUGAUAUUUUUGUCAAAAACCUGACAGCAUUAAUUGACAGACCACUUUUUUAUACCUUUCAUAAAUAUGUUUCCGGUACGCAAGGGUUGACGGUGGGGACGAGCCCGUGGGACACCUCAUGCAAGAGAAGGCGCAUCGCUAUAACUAGACACAUGACAAGAACUUCUUUGGAAAAGUUUAGUGAUGCUGUUGACGUUGAGACAUUUUCAUUCAUUCGUGAUCUUUGGGAUGCGAGUGAACAUGGAAGGAUUGGAAUCGAUCCCUUCGAAUUUUGCCAGAGAAUGGCUUUGAAUGUAACUACCAUGCUUUGUUAUGCUACUAGGUUUAAUAGUAUGAAAAAUCCUUUACUCAAAUCUAUUUUGGAAAUUGUGUCACAUAUAAGUUCCUUCAGAUCAACAAAUAAUAACCUUCAGGAUUAUGUUAUUCCGUUCCGCUAUCUUCCAGACAGAAGAAGAGAAGAAGCUUCUGAAUAUAGUAACAAGCGAGAUGUCUGGCUUAAUGAGUUAUUUAAUAAGGCUCUCGAAAGAUCUGAAAUCAAGGAAAGUCUCGUUAGCUCACUCAAGGACCCUAAGAGCAAAUUAGAUAUUAAAGAUUUAAAGUCUAUAUGCGUAUCCCUUGUAUCUGGUGGCUUUGAAACCUUAGCAAGUAUUGCAACGCUUUUAAUUGCUCAGAUAUGUACAGUUAGGGGACAAAAAUGGCAAGAAAGAGCCCAUUCGGAACUCAUGGACCUCUAUGGUUCUGGAGAUGUCGCAUGGGAAAGGUCAAUAAUCGAAGAAAAAUGCCCUUUCAUUGUUGCUUUCAUCAAAGAAACAUUGAGAUAUUAUGCUGUUAUCCCUUUAUGUCCUCCUAGGAAGACAACCAAGUCAUUCGAAUAUAAAGGGACCGUCAUACCCAGUGGAAUAACUGUCAUUUUGAAUACACAAGCAGCUAAUCACGACAAAUCUUAUUACGGUAAAGAUGCAGAUGAGUUCAUUCCAGAGCGUUGGAUGCAAGAGCCUUAUGAAGCGAACAAGCCUCCUUUCCACUUCACAUUUGGUGCCGGGUCCCGCGCAUGCCCAGGUAUUUUGUUAUCGAAUAGAAUAUUGUUUGCGACUUUUGCUAGGUUGAUAACGUUAUUCAAAAUCAAGUCGCUGGGUUCAGACCCAGAGCUUUAUUACAAAACAUAUUCUAGAAGCACUGUCGCCCAGACAUACUCCCCUAAGCCCUUUAAUGUUUUUCUAGAGGCACGGGAAAGCGCGCUAAUAGAGAGAUGUCUAGAAAAGUCCAAAAACUCUACUCAAGACCUUCUUGACCUUUCUCACGAAUAUAUUUAG